CUCCUGAUAGCUCAGUUGGUAGAGCGAUGGACUGUAAUUGAAAUUCGCAUUCGGAUAUAAAUCCACAGGUCGCGUGUUCGACUCACGCUCGGGAGACUUAUCUUAUUCUAGUUGGAUGAGUUACUUUUUACCCCAUCUUUGUUUAGCGCUGGUGAUGUCCUCCCGGCUAGAAUAAUAGAUUCGCAGUAGAUGCACUUGCUCUAUCUUAUCUACCUUUCAAUUUUUCUUUUUCUUCUUCCUUUCCGUCUCAAGCUCCGCUAUGCGCAAUUGUACUUCGUAGGUUCGGGCGGGGCUCAAAAUGGUAUCCUACCUAAUCGCAUCGUUGCUCACAUCAUAUCCGAAAACGUAACUCCGAGAAAAGUAAGAAUGCACAUUGAUCUAGGCCGAGUGUGGAUCAUCUAUCUUAACCUGUCUAUUGGGCGACGUCGGGACAACGGACUUGCGUUACCAUGAUGGACCUGUCCUUAAAAAAUAAAAUAAAAAAUAAAAAAGAUGCGCAUCCGGUCCCGUGAUGAAGAGAUCUCAUUACCUCAUGCGUUGAUGCUGGACACAUAUAAUUGCGGUAUUUACGGUACUCCUCUGUAUCUUCGUUCGACAUUCACCUUUCUUUAUAGUUAUACUAGGCUUGUAGGAUCUAGCCACAUCAUGGCUACACAUAUAUGACUCCAGAGACCACGUUGAGUCUAGCUGUUAAUUACACGCGCAUACAGCUAAACAUGCAGGUCGCCUACGGUCUAUGGGCGUCAUUGCAGUCCGGUCAUGACUUUCGAGAGGUGUACAGGCAAGAUUGAGAAUAAGCUCAUAUAUAUUUUGCUUCAUUAAGAGAAAAAAAAAACAAGGAGAUCUAGGCUACCAGUCAGAUUGUAUAUAGAGUCAAGGUCAAGCC